AGAGAGAGAGAGAGAGAGAGAGAGAGAGAGACUACCCAGCCCCACCAAAGCGUCAGACGGCCGCCAGAGCAUCCCGGUUACGCACUGUUUAGAGGCCCCAUCGACGGAUCGCAGCUAAAGAAGAAGUCAACAUAGCCGGGAACACGGCCACAGCUACAGUCAGUAAUGGAGAGCCUGCUGGAUAAUCCAAUGAAAGCCGUUCUAUACUUGAAGGAGCUCACCACUAUCGUGCAGAACCAGCAAAGCCUGAUCCAGACGCAGCGCCAACGCAUCGACGAACUCGAGCGAAAGGUGGAGGACCUGAUAGGAGAGAACCGACAGUUGCGAGACCCCCAUCACUACGUCCAGCAGCCCGCUCCACAUCAUCAUCACCACCACCACCACCACCCGACUCACCGUAGCGCCAGUCCCCAGGCGCCCGCCCACCUCCAUCAGCACCCGGGGAGCAACAAAGCUGCGGCUCACCUCGGCCAGCAGGCGCAGCAGCAGCAGCAGCAGCAGCCGCCGCCGCCGCCGCCGCAGCAGCAGCAGCAGCAGCAGAUUCCCAGUCUAUCGGCCCAGCCUCAGCAGCACCCGACCCCUCCUGCUCCGUCUUCCCACCACCCGCAGCAGCUGCAGCUCGUCCCCACCUCACCGCAGUCUCCCAAAGCGAGCCAAGUCAGCCCGGACUCCGUCGAGGAGGACAAGAGGAGCCCCUGCUGCAAGUCUCUGGUUCCGCAGACUCCCACCGCGCUUUGCCGCUCAGUUGGACUGGCCAGGAAAGCGGAGUAAGUAGCUUUCAUGCUGUGUGCGCUGCAAAAAACAAUCUCGG